AGCCAAGAAUCUCUUUUCUCUCCCCUAGAUUCCUCUCUGGCUUUCUCUUUCUUUUUCACCUCCCUCUUUUAACGAUGCCUGUAGCAUUGUUCUCUUUUCUCUCUUUCUCUCCACUCAUCUCCAUCUUUUCCCUCUCUCUUUCUAUUGUUUUCGUUUCUGUAUUCCGGCAAGACCUAUACAUACCUCUCUUUCCAUCGUCAUGGCUCCUUCUUCUUCAUCCGUCAACCAUAUCUCUAACCCUUAUAGUUACGAGAGAAAGUCUCGCUUUAUAAAAUGGCUGAGUAAGCUCUUUAGGAGCAGUGGUUCAGCUCGCGGAAGCGGCGGCGGCGGUGGAAGUAAUAGUAGCGGUGGCCGUCAACCACAGUUUCUAGGAGAAGAAAGCAUGGUUCAGCAUACUCCACGUCGUUCCCUGGAUGACCGUUCUAGGGCUGAAAGAGAGAAAGAUGAAUUAGACCAUGCAAUUGCACUGUCCCUUGCUGAAGAAUUUAAGAGACCAAACGGACAAAGAUGGAGAGCAGACGAUGACGAAGAUCUCGCUUGGGCAAUUCAGGAUAGCCUAAUUCCUUCAUUUCCUCCUCACGCUUCUCAACCUUAUAAUCCAAGAGGAUAUAGAAUAUGUGGUGGAUGUAACCGUGAUAUUGGAUAUGGCAAGUAUUUGGGACGUAUGGGGACAUUCUUUCACCCAGACUGCUUUCGUUGUCGCUCUUGUGGCUUCCCAAUUACUGAGCAUGAGUUCUCUUUGUCAGGGAGGGAUCCUUACCACAAGUCUUGUUUCAAGGAAAUGACACAUCCCAAAUGUGAAGUUUGCCACCAAUUUAUUCCCACAAACGGGAUUGGUUUAAUUGAGUAUAGAUGCCAUCCAUUUUGGUCCCAAAAGUACUGCCCAUCUCAUGAACAUGAUCACACGUCUCGCUGUUGCAGUUGCGAACGUUUGGAGUCCCGGAAUGCAACGUAUUAUUCGCUGGAAGAUGGUCGGAGUUUGUGCUUAGAAUGCAUGGAAUCGGCUAUCAUGGACACUGGUGAUUGCCAACCCCUUUACCAUGCCAUCAGAGACUUCUAUGAAGGAAUGAAUAUGAAACUGGAUCAGCAGAUUCCCAUGCUUCUUGUUGAAAGGCAAGCACUUAAUGAGGCUAUCAUCGGCGAGAAAAAUGGCUACCAUCACAUGCCAGAGACAAGGGGCUUAUGUCUUUCUGAAGAGCAGACUGUCACAAGUAUACUCAAAAGGCCAAGAAUCGGAGGCAACCGGCUAGUAGGAAUAAGGACUCAGCCACAGAAGCUGACAAGGAAAUGUGAAGUUACUGCUAUCCUUGUUCUUUAUGGUCUUCCAAGAUUACUAACUGGUGCUAUUCUUGCCCGUGAGUUGAUGCAUGGUUGGCUGCGCCUAAAAGGCUACCGCAAUCUUAAGCCUGAAGUAGAGGAAGGUAUCUGUCAGGUGCUUUCAUACAUGUGGCUUGAGUCAGAAGUUUUGCCAGGAUCUAAACACAUGCCAUCCACAUCAACAGCUUCCUCGUCUUCUUCAUCUUCGAAGAAAGGUGGAAGAUCUGGGGUUGAAAAAAAGCUUGGUGAGUUUUUCAAGCACCAAAUUGCCCAUGAUGCUUCUCCAGCAUAUGGGGGAGGAUUCAGAGCUGCAAAUGCAGCUGUCAAUAAGUAUAGUUUACGCUGCACUCUUGAGCAUAUUCGCCUAACUGGGAAUUUUCCACUGUAACACCAACAGAAGUUUCUGGGGUUGAAGAUAGUGUUUCCCUAAAAAGUGACUAAGCCAAUCACUUACAGAAGCUUAAGCAGCUUCUCCUCUUAGAUAUAAUGAGGUUCGAUACAGUCAAAAUGGAACUUACCAAGAAAACUUAAACCGAAAGAAUAGUAAUGCGUCCAAUCAAAGUUACAGUUGACUACA